UUUCUUUUUCAAGCUGUGCGAUAAAAGACCGUUUACGAGACAAUAUACAUAAUAUUAACAAAAAAAAAUAGAAAUUUCAAACAAAUUUCCAGUUUUAUUGUUUUAAUAAAUAUAUUAUUUAUUUAUUAUUAUUUUAUUAUUAUUAUCAUUAUUAUUAUUAUUACUUUAUUAUUAAUUUAUGUCGUUUUUCGAAAUAAAAUGGCCAGUGCUGGAAUUUUGAGUGUGACGGAAGUAAAUGCCCUGCCGAAUGAACAAUUUGAGUGGAUUUUUGGAAAUGUCAUUGAACACUGUCCGGAUGCGGCGAAAUAUGUUUUUAACCACAAACCAUUUUUAACAUGUGAAACACUAAAGAGUGCAUUCGACAAUUAUUUAGAUAAACUCGAUAUUCACGAGAAAGAAGUAAUUUUAUUAAAACAUCCGGAACUGGCGGGGAAACUUUUGGACGAAGGAAAACUCACUGGUGAAUCAAAAAACGAGCAAAAAAGUGCGGGACUUGAUAAUUUAACGAAAGAGGAAAAAUUCACUUUAAGUCAACUUAAUUUCAUGUAUAAGGAAAAGUUUCAGUUUCCAUUUGUGAUUUGCGUUCGGAAAACUAAAAUGCAAACAAUUAUCGCGGCAAUCGAGAAUCGUUUGAAAAAUUCCCGAGACGUUGAAAUUAAUUUGGGAAUUGAAGAAGUGAAAAAAAUUUCUAGAAUACGAAUCAGUGAUCUCAUUUGGCCGGACACUAAAUCACUUUCUUCGUAGUUUUCACUAAUAACAAAUAUUUGUGUAAAUAAUUAUUAAUUUUAAUAACUGAAUAAAGAAUUAUUAUAAAAUUAUAAGAA